AGCAAAGAACAACAACGAAGCUCACCAACUACAAAGUCCAAGCUUCCCAGCCCCUUCAUAUUCUCUCUUCCCCAAAAAAUCAAAAAAAUCUGUGUUGUGCAAUACAUAAAUAUGCGAUUCCAAACCACUGAGACAUUUUCCUGUUCAUCUUCAUCCUCUUUCCUUCGUUGAAUCCUGAGGUUUCAUUUCAAUUCAUGGAUAACCCAGCAACAGCAGCUGCAAUAAGAAGCUCCAGCUCUGAUUCUCUCGUUGCAACUCUUUGCAACUCAAUCCAAGCUCUCGGUCGAGGCUUCGAUGUCACCUCCGAUAUUCGUCUUCUCUACUGCAAAGGGGCAACUGGGUCGAGGCUUGUUCGUCUCGACGAGGACCAUGCUAGGGAUCUUGUUGUCUCUCGUGGUGUUGUUAUUCCAAAUGUCCCUGGGGACAUUGAUUGCUCGCCAGGGGAGAUUGGUGUACAGAAGACCCCGGUGUAUAGUUUCCAUGAGAUGGCAAAGUAUUUUAAUGAGAUGUCAGGCAUAACAGCGCAAAUUCCGCUGGGAAGCUUCAAUACGAUGUUCAAUUUUACUGGCUGCUGGAUGGUUGAUGCUGCAGCCACAAAGUCCCUUGCCAUGGUUGGAUAUUUUUUCCCUCUGUUCAAAGUCAAAUUAAAUAAACUAAAUCUAGCCUUGCAUGAAGAUAUCAAGCGUGCUGUUCCUUACUCUUGGGAUCCAGCAGCCUUGGCGAGUUUUAUUGAGAAUUAUGGUACCCAUAUUGUUACAUCAGCAACGGUUGGUGGACGGGACGUAGUUUAUAUCAGGCAGCACCAAUCAUCUAGUUUGUCAGCUUCAGACAUUCAGAACUAUAUAGAGGACAUAGGAAAUGAUAGGUUUGGUGUAAAAAACCUGUCAAGUCCUGGUCCUUUAAGGUACAAGGAGAAGGAUGUUACUGUCAUUUUCAGAAGAAGAGGAGGGGAUGAUCUUGAGCAAAAUCAUAUGAAAUGGGUGGAGACUGUAAAAUUGGCACCAGACGUUAUUAACAUGACAUUUACACCCAUUGUGUCUCUUCUUGAAGGAUUGCCAGGUGUAAAACAUUUGACCCGUGCAAUUGACCUGUAUUUGGAGUACAAACCGCCAAUUGAAGACCUACAGUAUUUCUUGGAUUUCCAAAUAACUCGAGUCUGGGCGCCAGAGCAAAACAAUCUGCAAAGAAAGGAGCCUGUCUGUCCUUCCCUUCAGUUUAGCUUGAUGGGACCAAAGCUUUACGUGAGUCCAGAUCAGGUUACAGUGGGUCGCAAGCCUGUGACUGGUCUUAGACUUAGCCUAGAGGGAAGCAAACAGAAUCGACUUGCAAUUCAUUUGCAGCAUUUAGUUUCUCUACCAAAGAACCUUCAACCUCACUGGGAUGUGCACAUGGCCAUAGGAGCUCCUAAGUGGCAAGGUCCUGAGGAGCAAGAUAGCCGCUGGUUUGAGCCAAUCAAAUGGAAGAACUUCUCCCAUGUCAGCACUGCACCAAUUGAAUACACAGAAACUAGCAUUGGGGACCUCUCUGGCGUUCAUAUUGUCACAGGAGCUCAGCUUGGUGUUUGGGAUUUUGGUGCCAAAAACGUGUUACACCUCAAGCUUCUGUUCUCCAAGGUACCGGGAUGCACAAUAAGGCGGUCAGUCUGGGAUCACAAUCCCUCUACUCCAUCGGCCACACCAAGACCAGAUGGGGCAUCUUCAUCUUUAACAAAGAAAACCUCCGACGACAAAAGGGAUGAAAGUUCAAUCCACGCUGGAAAAUUGGCGAAGAUUGUGGACAUGACGGAAAUGUCUAAAGGGCCCCAAGAUAUUCCUGGUCAUUGGUUGGUCACGGGGGCUAAACUUGGUGUGGAAAAGGGAAAAAUUGUACUGAGGAUAAAGUAUUCUCUGCUUAACUAUUGAUUGAUCUUCCUUUUUUCCCUCUUCUUUUUGGCAAUAUUUUGCUUUGAUUUCCCUUCUCACUAGAAACUUUAGUCGAGCAUUCUUUGCACAGGCAGCCUUGAGUUCUUUUACAAUGUAGAUUUGUUCUAGUCAUUUAAAGUGUAGUUGUGCAAUCAUUGAUUAUACGAGUUCUUUACAAUAGAUUCAAUUUUGUUUGCUUAAAGGACGCGAUGGCAUUGUUGAGAGACA